AUGGGACCGGAGCAGACGCUGGAGGAGCUUGCUCAAGCGGUCAGGAAUGCCACGACGACUAGCGCGUCCGAUAGGGCAAAGCAGUCGUUUGUGCAGCUCUGGUUGACUAGUAACUAUCAAGUUUACCCGGAUGGCAACGUUCCUCGCCAGGGCCUGUAUAUGUCUUAUCGCCGGGUGUGUGAGGAAUAUCAGAUCCCCCACAUCAACACUGCCACGCUGGGAAAGGCGAUUCGUUUGUGUUUCCCAAAUAUUAAAACUCGCCGCUUGGGUGUGCGCGGGAAUAGCAAGUAUCAUUAUUGUGGCAUCCGCCCUACUAAUGCGUCCGAGGCGGAGUGGCUCCAGCGUUAUGCGACCACGAGCCAAGGAUGGGAUAUCAGCGCACUGCCGGGACGUCCUUCCUCUUCCGGAAGAGCGAUGGGUGGGGGUGGUCAAUAUGGACAUUCUGAAGAGGAGGAAGAUGAAGAGUCCGAUGAAACUGAUAAUGAUGGGAUGGGCCAAAGUCUCACCAUCCGCAAAGGGCAUCCUCAUUUUGCGACCUACGGCGAAAUGGACGAUCGUACUCCCACCACGGGCGCACUGAUGCAUCAACAGCAGCAGAGCCGGCCUGUCACUGGCACAGGACAGUUCAGUGCCAACCCCUCGCCUUCUCCUCUGUCUGCAUCCCCUCAGCCACCUCAAGGACCGUUCUCGGCAAGCACUUUGCCCCCUUCUGUACGUCAAAUUAACGGCUUCCCCGAUAUCUCCGAAGCACUGGGACCGCAGACGGGACCGCCUACGCCUGAGUCGCUCGUUGCCCAAGAAAUGUGGACACUCUUCAUUGGACAUCUUGACUCGCUUUUGGACGCAGUGCGGCAGCUUCGUUUCGACCAGUUCGAGUUGAACAUUCGUGCCUUCUGGACCGGUCUUGGGCCGCAGCACCGUGAGGUUGUGCACGUGCCCACUGUCCAGGCGCUCAUGGCACGUGCUGAUGCCCUCGUGUACGACGAGAUCCUCGAGUCUCUGCGCGCACAGAUCUUCAUGCCUCUCCCACCGACGGCGAUGCAGCAGAUGAAGCAGAUGGCAGACAAAAUGGAGAAGAUCCUGCUCUCCGCGGUCGAAGGGUAUCAAGCCAACUUCUACGAGUCGAAGAUCGAACUCGGUGCCCGAUUUGGCCAUCUCGUCACCCGCUUCUUGGACAUGUUCCAGGUCGCCCAAGCUCUGCGUUCGGUCCUGACCAACCAGAAGCAGAUUUUGGACAUGCAGACCGCGUGGCAGCAAAUUGACUUCGACAGUGUGCGCAACCAGACUGCGCUUGUGUGCAACUGCAGGCACGAGGUGCUCGUGCAGAUCCUCGAGACAGAAUUCCCCCAGUUGCUCGCAAACCUUUACACGGCCCCCGAGCCGGUGAAGACUGUGACAGAGUGGGUCGAUGAUACGUACCGUAGGAUCAUGCAGGGCGACUUUGGUCCGAUCGAAUCAUCUCAGGCGAGGAGUGUCUUGAUUCGUUGGGGCUUUGUCACCAGCCAGGUGAUGCGCGAUCUUACAAUCAGGAGCGACCCUGCCUUUGGUGCCUUCCAAAUCCUGAAACUGUUCCUUGAUGAUUGGAUCGCCCUACAUGUUCUGCGUGACGUUGCAUUAUCUACAAACAGCGUCGCAGCGUCAAUCGAUCCUCAGCAGCAGUACUUGAACAUGUCGCCCAUGCCAGGCGACGACAACAUAUUCCCGAAUGAGUAUAUGCAGCCAUUCCAAGCGCCUGCGCAGCCUGCCGCCGCUCAACCGACCACGUCUAGCACGAUGAUGGCUGCCUUGACUGCGGAUAACACGUACCCCGAGCCCUUGGAUGGAUCGGCACCAGGAGCUGGCUUCAGCUUCCCUCUUGGAACUCUGGAUUUUUCAAACCUUGACCCCCAAGCAUCAGGUGGCAACACGGUCUCAAGCAACACAGGAGUGGAGGGCCUAAUGUCAGCCAUGUCUUCCAUGUCGUCGACUACUGCGGCUUUCCCGGAGUAUUCGACACCUGGAGGCAACUCCUUCGAGGUCGAGGAGUACACACAUGACUAUAGUAUGUCGAAUGUCGCAACUGCGACACCAGGACAUCCACCUGUGCCGAAGAUCGAGGACACCACAGGCGGCGGGCUUACCUCGCCACACUCGCAGCAGCGCGCAUGA